AGGGGCAGUGAUGGUGCGAGAAGGAGGAUUCCGGGAGGGAGUGCUUGUAGGAAACUCGUGAUCCGACCGUGGCAGAGGAGCGUGGGAAUGUAGCGCGACCUCGCGCGGCAGAAAGAGCUGGAAGACCUCAUCUUGCUCCGGCUCCUCAGCUGCCCGCUGAGGCCUCUGGACAAGGGACUGCACCUUCCUCCUCUCUCAGCAAGGGGGCUCCAGAGACUGUCCCAGCCAGGAAGUCUGGUGCCCGGGCGUUCGGACAGUUCCUUGGUAAUGUACAGGGCUCCAGGAAGAGAUGUCCUUGUGGCUGGAGGCCCCUGUGCCUGACGUUUCUCCUGACUCUGCAGGAGAGCUGUGGGAAGCAGACACACAAGAUGCAAGCAGCCAGGCCCUGGGAGGCAGCAACUGCACCCUCAGGGAAGAAGCCAGCAUGGCCCAGUCAGCUGGGGGCACUUUGGGGAUGGGGCUAAAGGCAGGAGAGCCCACAGCCCUGCUCCCUGGCAUGGAGGCCCUUUCAGACACCACAGAGCUCCGUCCACAAAAGCGGAAAAAGGGGCCAGCCCCCAAAAUGCUGGGCAAUGAGCUGUGCAGUGUGUGUGGGGACAAGGCCUCUGGCUUCCACUACAACGUGCUGAGCUGUGAGGGCUGCAAGGGAUUCUUCCGCCGCAGUGUCAUCAAAGGGGCACGCUACAUCUGCCACAGCGGGGGCCACUGCCCCAUGGACACCUAUAUGCGUCGCAAGUGCCAGGAGUGUCGCCUUCGCAAAUGCCGCCAGGCUGGCAUGCGGGAGGAGUGUGUCCUGUCAGAAGAACAGAUCCGCCUGAAGAAACUGAAGCGGCAAGAGGAGGAACAGGCUCAGGCCACAUCCAUGCCCCCAAAGGCAUCCUCACCUCCCCAAGUCCUGCCCCAGCUCAGCCCGGAGCAACUGGGCAUGAUUGAGAAGCUGGUGGCUGCCCAGCAACAGUGUAACAGACGCUCCUUUUCUGACCGGCUUCGAGUCACGCCUUGGCCCAUGGCCCCAGAUCCCCAGAGCCGGGAGGCCCGUCAGCAGCGCUUUGCCCACUUCACCGAGCUGGCCAUAGUCUCUGUGCAGGAGAUCGUUGACUUUGCCAAACAGCUGCCCGGCUUCCUGCAGCUCAGCCGGGAGGACCAGAUCGCCCUGCUGAAGACCUCUGCCAUCGAGGUGAUGCUUCUGGAGACGUCUCGGAGGUACAACCCUGGGAGUGAGAGUAUCACCUUCCUCAAGGAUUUCAGUUAUAACCGGGAAGACUUUGCCAAAGCAGGGCUGCAAGUGGAGUUCAUCAACCCCAUCUUUGAGUUCUCCAGAGCCAUGAAUGAGCUGCAACUCAAUGAUGCCGAGUUUGCUUUGCUCAUUGCCAUCAGCAUCUUUUCUGCAGACCGACCCAACGUGCAGGACCAGCUCCAGGUAGAGAGACUGCAACACACAUAUGUGGAGGCCCUGCAUGCUUAUGUCUCCAUCCACCACCCCCAUGACCGGCUGAUGUUCCCACGGAUGCUAAUGAAGCUGGUGAGCCUCCGAACACUGAGCAGCGUCCACUCAGAGCAAGUGUUUGCACUGCGCCUGCAGGACAAAAAGCUUCCCCCACUGCUCUCUGAGAUCUGGGAUGUACACGAAUGACCUUCCUUCACGCUUAUCCUCUGUUUUCGGGCCUGGCUGAGGCCCUGUGGUUGUCUCCCAGAGGUGUAACAGACUGAGAAGGGCAAAUGUUCCUGGGAGCUGGGCAAUGGAUAUUCUCACGUGCCAUUAAAGGAGAGUCAAAGGGUUAGGAGUUUUGUGACUGCUGGGCAGUGGGGGUCCUGCCAAACCUGUACUCCGUUUGAACACUGUACUGACCCGACCAAGUGGAUGAACCUGGUGUCCACUUUGCACAAGGUUCUCCGGGGCCCUGCCCAUCCUGCCUCCACCACUUCCUGUUUUCCCCACAGGGCCCCAAGAGAAAUUCUCCACUGUCACUCUGCGGCUUGGCCAUAAAUGCCUCCCUGCUGCCUCACUGAUAAGUCUGGCAGUGUUUGUACAGGAAGACCAAAAUGAAUACAGAAUGAGAGAUACAAUUUCUAGAUCGCGGCGUGGGUACGGCAAUAGAGGGAAGACUGUGUCUUGUAGGAUGGUCCCCAGACUCAGAGGAGGGAGACAAGUCACAAGUGCCAGCCAGACAGCCUUGGGGACCCCCUUUUACUAGCCCUAUUGCGCCAUGAGAAUAAAUGAAAUGCUUAAGUUCA